AGAGGGUUUGGGAAAAAGGAAAGAAGAGGGGGACUGAUUUUGCUAUUCAAAGUAAAGUGGGAAAAGUAAGACGGCACUUAAGUGGCGCAAGAAGAAAUUCAAUUGUUCAAACCUGGCUACGACUCAGACACUGCAGUCUGAAAAGUGGACUGGCUUUGAUUGGGAAGCACAGAGAUGGAAUCUAUGAGUGUGGUGAACUAGAAACUGAGAAAUGCUCUCCUUAAGUGUAAACUCUACUCAUUCCAACAGAAGAAACAUUAGAGACGAGGAGCAGCUGGACGAACUGUUUUUAAUCUUUGCUUUCUACUUUACAUGCAGGAGUGGACAAAUAUGAAGAAACUUCUGAACUUUCUCAUAACCGCAGCACUGUACGAGAAAAUAUAGAGGAUUCUCUCAGGACUAUGAAUAACAUCCAGUAGGUGGCAGCAAUACGCCAGUGAUGCGUGUAGUCUGCCUAAUUCAAGGAGGAAGAAAAUUACUUAAGUUUCUGCCGGAACUUCACAGUGUGACACCCGGCGGAUUUAAACAAAGAAGUGUGAGGAGAGUUAGCUUUACUGCUGUGUGGACUGAGCUAUAAAACGGCUGUAUUAUAGUAUCAUUGAGAAAUAUUAGAGCAUUAAAGUAACGAUGUCUCCAGUUGAUUAUAUGAGAGAGUUGAUCAGGGACAGACUAACUGCUGCUGCUGGAGAAAUAUUCACAGAGUUUGAAAAAACUAUCGUCCAGUACCAGGAGGAGAUCGAUCGUCAGCGCAGACUGCUGGAUGUCAUCUGGAAACCACACAUCCCCUUACAAUCCAUAGAGCUCCCACAGUCUUAUGUCUGUGAGAAUGAGAAGACUCUCGUUGACCAUCAGCCCCAUGACCAGGAGAGAAACUCCAUGGUGGACCAUGAGGACCCAGAGCCUCCACUGAUUAAUGACCAGCAGGAGGAACUCUGCACCAUUUGGAACCAGUCAAACCCAGAGCUUUCUCACUUUAAAAAGGAACAGGAUGAACUCUGCACCAGUCUGGACCAAUCAAACCCAGUGUUUCCACAAAUUAAAAAGGAACAGGAGGAACUCUGCUCCAGUCAGGAGGAAGAGCAACCUGGAUUGAAACAGGAGACUGAUACCAUUGUUGUGACUCCUGCUUAUGAGGAAAGUGACCACAGUGAACCAAAACCAAAUACUGAUCAGCUCCUGUUUCACAUCUCUUGUGCAGCUGAGACCCCAGAUCAGGAAGGAAGCAAGGAUGUAGACUCAGGAUCAACUAGAUAUAUCAAGCUGAAGCCAAGACAUCACAGUACCAGCAUUCACAGUAAUGAUGUAGACAAUGCUCCAACGUCAGAGAGACAGUGUGAUAAUGACAAGGCAAAAAAGUGUCUCACAUGCGAUGUCUGUGGAAAAGCUUUUAGGUGUAAGUCAGAUUUAAAGAGACAUCACAGAACCCACACAGGUGAGAAACCAUAUUCUUGUGGAACAUGUGGAAAAAGCUUCAGUCGACAGACCCAUUUGACUGACCACAUGAGACGUCACACAGGUGAAAAGCUGUAUGUUAUCACCUGUGGAACAAGGUUUUCUGACUCAUCAGCACAUGAUAGGCACAUGGCAAUUCACAAAUUGCGAAAGUCGUUUUCUUGUGGAACCUGUGGAAAAAGCUUCAUUCAGCGUUCCCAUUUGACCGACCACAUGAGAAUCCAUACAGGUGAGAAGCCGUAUUCUUGUGGUACAUGUGGAAAAAGGUUCAUUCAACGGUGCACUGUGACUGUCCACUUGAGACGUCACACAGGUGAGAAGCCGUAUUCUUGUGGAACCUGUGGAAAAAGUUUCCGUCAUACUGCUAGUUUGAAAAUCCACAUGAGAAUCCACACAGGUCAUAAGUCGUGAUCCUGAAACAUCUGUGGAAAACAUAAUGUCAGAACUAAGCUUGAAACAACAUGUAAGAACUGAUACAGGUUAAACGUAGAAGUUUGAGAUUUAAAGCACCUUUAGACUGUGCUUCAACAACAAUUGUGAGAAAGUAUGUAAGCAGUCCUUGAUGAUUAGACCAGAUGGAGUCUGGACUGUGGUGGUGGUGGAGCAGUCAGAAGAACCAAGCUGAAUAUCUGGAUGGAUAUGGUGUUAGUACAGACUGCUACAUUUCUGCUAUCAUGACAUCCUUCAUCAACAGAGCAGUGAUUUGAGAUAUUAUGAAGCUGUUUGGAACAUUUUCACAUCCUGCUGAGAGAACAUGGCUGUUCAGCUGUGAACAUACUGCUGGAAUCUACACAGCUUCUGUUGUCUGUCAAGUAAAAGGAGGCAACAAGAUACUGAGACGUUGUGACAGUAAGACACAACAGAGUGUCACUGCAGCAGAGAUGUGCACGUGAAAUAAAGUUGUAAUAAAAUAUGCAGCUCCAUGACUGCUUCAUGAAAUGUUUUGAAUGUAUUUAAACAGAUGAACAUUUCCAAGUUGUUUAAUAAUGAGUGUAACACUGAAGAGCCCCAGCAAGAAUAUCUCUGAGUUGGAUAUCAAAGACAUAACCAACAUUAUUAUGUUUUGAAGCAACACACACGUGGUUUUACUAGUAGUAGCACAUUGAACCCUUGCGUUGUCUUAACAUCCUUAACACUCCCCUUGUCCUCAGGUUCAGAAAUGACCUGUCUCCACUGAGCCUCUGAAAUAGAGCAGUUUAAUGGAAUUUUUAACCAAAAAUCAUUUUACAUGAAGAAAUAACCUGUCAUACAUCACACUUGUUUUACAAAUACUGUGUGCUGCACAUUGUUUUGCAGUUGUUACUCCUGGAUGUCAGAAAAAAAAUCUGAUCUAUGACCUGCUGGGUGCUGAAACCUGAAAACUGCCCUCAUGGCUUGAACAAAGAGAGAACUGGUGGUACUGUCAUCUACAGCACCUUUCUAGCCUCUGAACACAUUCCCCAUUAGUAAACGAUGCUUUCGAGAAA